UACCCGCACCACCAUUCGCGGCCGCGGCUGUCAAUCACCGGGUCCCGGACUGUGAUUACCUGCCGGCGCCCAGUGAUUAUCGAGGAUCUUCAACGGGGAGGAGGGCUGCUUUGUAUACUAACAGUCGUCCUCCCUGUCCGCUCGGGCACACUGCUUUGGAUGGCUAGCAGUGUGCUUACAGUGAAGCACCAACACACCGCCCCACGGGAAAACACUCCCAGCACACAGUUAACCCUUUGAUCGCCCCUUAUGUUAACCCCUUCCUGCCCAGUACCAUUAGUACAGUGUCAGUGCUUUUUUUUUAGCACUUAUCACUGUAUUGGUGUCACUGGGGAUGUAGCUGA